AAGAAAUUAAUUAACUACACUCUAUUAAGACAAGCCAAGUGUAGGUUAUCAAAACCUAGAGAAACAAACUAUCAAUUUAACUUUAGCAAAUACAUCAAUUCAUCACCUCAUAUAUAUGGAGGACCACCACAAGGGGAAACAAGGAAAGGAGGAGAAGGGAAAGGAAGAGGUCAAGUUCCGAGGUGUGCGGCGGCGGCCAUGGGGAAAGUAUGCUGCUGAGAUAAGGGAUCCGUCGAAGCAAGGGACAAGGUUGUGGCUGGGGACAUUUGACACAGCUGAGGACGCAGCUAGAGCUUAUGAUCGUGCAGCUUUCAACCUUAGGGGUCACCUUGCAAUUCUCAAUUUCCCAAAUGAGUAUUAUUCUCAAAUAAGGGGUUCACCACCAUAUCCACCAUAUUUAGCAUCACCCUCUUCUUCUUAUUCACCUCAAUGCCAAGCUGGUGGAAGUUCUAAUUCUGGUCCCAACCAUGGUCCUCCUUUUGAGAUUGAGUACUAUGAUAAUAAGCUGUUGGAGGAUCUUCUUGAGUCUGAAGAGCUGAACAAGAAAAAGAAGGGAAAAUGAUUAGCAUAAAUUGAGCACUCAAGCAUUAACAAUUAAUAUUUACUAUACCUUAUGGUCUCUUUUUUUUUUCGUCUGUGGCAUGUUACUUAACUUUAAUAACUAGGAGUACUUCCUCUCAUGAAGGUCUAGAUCAACCAAAAUCUUAUCCUUAUUUAGAAUUACCUCCUAUCAAUGAUAAAGAGUUAUAAAAUCUUAAAAGUAUUUAUAUAUAUAAUGUAGUCCUGUCAUGUG